ACUAUCGCAUUCUGUAAAGAAAAAACAACAAUGAGCAGCUCACAGCUUUUUCCCAUAAGUUUAAACACAUUGACUGACAAAGAGCGCCACAGCUACAUUCUCGGCCACUAUGUGCUCAACACCACCGCCGAAAGCGAGUCGCGAAAGCACAAGCGCGACAUCGAUGUCAUUCGGGAGAACCAUCGCUUUCUGUGGGACGACGAUGACGUCGAUUGCGGAUCGCUGAGUUGGGAUCAACGCCUGGCGCGGCGCUACUACAAGAAACUCUUCAAGGAAUACUGCAUCGCGGACCUGACUCGCUACAAGGAGAACAAGAUAGCCCUCCGGUGGCGAACCGAGCAGGAAGUUGUGGCAGGAACAGGACAAUUCCAGUGUGGCAGCCGCCACUGUGGGGAGCGGACGGAUCUGCGCAGCUGGGAGGUGAAUUUCAAGUACAUCGAGCAAGGGGUGCCCAUGAAUACGCUGGUUAAGGUACGGCUUUGUCCCACGCACACGGAUCAACUUAACUAUCGCACCAAGAAAAAGGAGUACAAAAAGCAGAAACGUAGGGAGAAGGAUGAGUGCAGAGCUGGAAGAAGAAACAAGCGACGGAAACUGGAUGAUACUGCCGAUGAUGAGGGCGAGAAAGAUAAUAAGGAAGAGCCUGCGGUGCCAGAGGCAGAUCCGGAAACAUGGAACAUUGAAGCUGAGGAACCCACCGCAGACGACCAAAUCUGGAUAAAUCAGCUCAAUCUCAGCGAGGAACAACCCUCCAGAGAGCAAGAAUUCGAACGCUAUCUGGAAGAUCUUCUAAUGUAAAAUACAUAGCACGUUUAUUUUUGUAUUCAACGUAGACACUAGUGAUCUUUUUAAAGUUACUGGCCGCGGGAUGCGCUCGCUUAUAUACUAAGAUGUACAUGCAUGAUCUUUUCGUGUAUUUUCUGGGACUUGCAUGUACAUACACUCACAUUUACAAGACUAUUCACAAUUAUUUGUUAAAACCAACACCAAAAAGUUGAACUGGACAGUAAGGCUGUGACUCUGACUCGACUCUGUUUUUUUUUACAAUAUUGUGUGUAAUUAUGUGUACCUAGAGUUCAAUCGCAAUCCCUUUGUUGAUCGAGUGCAAGUCGGAUUCGCUACAGGUUCGAAAAUACAUUCUCAUACUCAUUCA